UGUGUAAACAGUGUACAAAAUGAGUACCGUCUUAACUACCGUCGAAACAGCCGUCGAAGAACACACCCUCAACCCCAAAAUAGCAACAGACUUGAGUGAAAUAGUGAAGAAGUCGGCUCUCAGCGUCCGUCUCCUGCGGGAAUUGCUACCUCGACGUCCCUUCAAAACAGAAGUUUCGAUAGACGACACCGACCUGGAGGAGGAGGAGGAGGAAAAUGACGAGCAUUCGGACACCCUGGCCCUCCGAAAAAUCCACGACGACCUCGACUGCAUCGAGAAGGUGCUGCUCGACUUAUCGGACGAGCUGAGAGAGAAAACUACGUUCGCCUCCCUGGAAAAUUACAUCGCAACGCAGAAGGACGAUGCGCAGAGCAAGGCCGACUUCAUCGCCCUCUUCCAGGGGGAGAAAUGGAAGGCCAAGUACUUCGAGAAGAGCAACAAGCUGCAGAUGCUGCAGAGGGAACUGCGCGCCAUCAGGCAGGACACGCAGAAGCUCAUGCAGGCGAAGGACGAGGAGAUAGCCGAGCUGAGGGCGGACAUCGAGAAGCUCACGGACACCAACCCCAAGAGGGAGAACUACGAGGACAUGAUAGCCAAGGCUCGGGUCGAGAACCUGCAGUUUCGGGUCGAGCAGGAGGAAGAGCGUAUCUGCAAGCAGAUCGCCCGGGUGGGCAGGGAGAUCCCGCAGGAGAUCAGGGUCCACGACGCCCUGACAGCCUUCCUGAAGGAGUGCUGCGCGAAACUGGAGGCCAAAUCGGCCGAGUGGGACGAGACGUUCCAGGUGGACACCGACGCCAAGAAGGAAGAGGUCAGUGCCUGGAAGGCUGAAGUCCAGAGUAAGAAGAAGGAGCUGGAAGACCUGGAGAAGAAGUACCAGGAGUACUGGGUGGUCGUUAGCGAGUACGAGGCCGCGCAAGAGGUCGAGAGGCUGAAGAGAGAAGAGGCCGAGAGGGAAUUCAGGGCGGCUGCCAAAAUACAGGCGUGGUGGCGAGGGUACAUGGUUAGAAAAGGAAUGAGUUCGGUGCUCAGAAAGAAGAAGAAAUCGAAAAAAUAGUGAAAUCGUGUUCAUGCAUUUAAAAAAAUUGGGGAAAAAAAUAUUUAUACAAAAAAAACAUUCGAAAUAAAGUGAGACGAUCGAUGAUGAACUUAUCAUUACAUAUAUAAACAAGCAUUCAGUGGAUUGAGACUGAGCAUAAAUUAAAGUGAGAGUCAAACUUAAAUAAAAAAAAUCAGACAGAAAUAAAUGGAAAUAAAUAUUUAUACUUUUACAACUUCCUUGGCUUAUCCUAAGCAACAACAUUCACUGGUAAGGGGCGUUUCAACAUUUUGU